AGCGAUCGCCUACAGAAGAAAUGAAACAAAUAGUAUGGAGAUUCAAAUGAAAAACUUAAUAAAAGACAUAAAAAAUUGUCCGUACCAUGUCUUUGGGCAACAUACAAACUGCGAUCAAUAUUUUUGUAAAGGAUCCAAAGAAAACGAAAUAAACUUUGUUAUCAAAUUAGAAGAAUGCGGAUUAUUGAAUGACAUUCUCUCGUGUGGCAACAGACUAAUUCAACAUACUCAUAGCUUAUUGUUGAAUAUGAAUAAUAAUGCAGCAGAAACAUAUAACUCUGUGAUUUCAAAGUUUGUUGGGGGUAAAAGAAUUAAUUUUGUUCUGAGAGGUAGCUACGAUACACGGUGUAAAGCUGCAGCGAUAUCAUUCAAUGAAAGAGAGCAUUACUUUAGUGACCUACAUAAGAAAAUGACCAUGAAAAGUCCAGGAAAAUAUACAACUAAAUACAUAGAAAAAAUCAAAAGAGUAAGGAACAAAAGAAGACUGCGUAGAGAAUUACACCCAUUAAUAAAGAAAAAAAGAAAAAGUGCACCAGCUGAUAAAAAUUACGGUGCAGUAGAUAUAGAAAUAACAACAAGCGAGAAAGAGAGUUUUUUGGAAUCCUUACGAAAAAGUAAUGAGGAGAUUGCAAAAAUAGAACAAUCUACCAGGGGCCAAUCUACAAAUUUUUUGUGGAAAGAAUACAGACACAAUCGUUUGACAGCCUCUAAUUUUGGAAUUGUAUGCAAAUUGAGGAAAUCUACAAAUCCUGCAAACACUACAAAAAAAAUAUUGUUUUCAGAUUUUCACGGAUCUGCUGCUACAAGGUGGGGACAAGAUCAUGAGGCAAUUGCAAAACUGGAAUUUGAAGCAAAAUAUAAUUUAAAAGUACGAGAAUGUGGAUUAUUCAUUUCUGAAGAAAAUCCGUUUCUGGCAGCGAGUCCGGAUGGCAUUAUUGAUGACGAUCAUAUCGUAGAAGUAAAAUGCCCCUAUUCGGCUUGUAAGUUGUCCCCAGAAGAAGCUGUCAAAUUAAAAAUAAUUAAAUACCUAACACACGAAGAAAAUACUUUUAAAUUAAAACAAACCGAUAAUUAUUUUUAUCAAGUUCAAGGACAGCUAGCAAUAGCUCAGAAAAAAUAUUGCUACUUUAUUGUUUGGACACCUAUGGGUUUCAUUGUUGAUAAGAUAAAAGCCGAGCCGGAAUUUUGGAAGCAAAUAUUGCCAAAAUUGAAAAAAUUUUAUAUUGAAAAUAUGUUGCCACAUAUUUUAAGUAGGUAGUUAAAUAACAAAAGUAUUUUCAGAUUAUAUACUUUCUUCUAAUAAAAUACAAAACAGGGUGUUUUAAAAUAAUACAGAAAAUUAUACUACUAUCCGCGAUUUGUGUUUUAUUCAUCAAUUGGAAACUUUUCUUAUGUAACUGCAACCUAUAAAUAUAUUAAAAUAAUGUAUACAUAUUCCAUUCAGAGGACUUGCCAGAUAAAUACAUUUACUAUUAUGAUGGUUUGGCAGGUACCAAUUUUUUAUAGAUAAAUAAAAAUAUGUAUUUUAAUUUUUCUAUGCUAAUAUCAGUUUUCUCUAAUAAAUAAAUAACUUAUUGAAAUCAUUUUCAACCUAUAAUUGCGAAAUUGGUUAUUUGUUUGUGACAACAAAUUGUAAUUUUUUUAUAAUAAUAUUUUUAUGUUAUUUUAAAUUUAUUAUAAAUACACACCAUGAUGUUUUUUGGAGUCACGUUUCACAAAUUUUUAUUCAAUACUAUAUUUAGCUAAGAUAUUAUAAAUUAAAAAUGCGAUAAUUAUUUUUAAAACAUUAUCUACGAUAAUCAAUCUAAAAAGGUAUUCCCGACAAAAUAAUGUAUUUUGUUAUCAUUAAACUACCUGUCCGCCGGCGCCACUGAGUAAAGAUCGAAUUGUAGAUCGCACACCCUACUUCAAAUCAAUUUGAAGUAGGGAGUCACGUGGGUCUGACGUCGCCAGUGUAGAAAUGUAAGCGAUACGCCCCUUCCAAAUUGCACUGUGCUUCAACUGAUAAAACAGCCUU